CAACAUCCUGAUCCCCAACGUCACUGCCAUGAUUCUGGCCAAGGUGAUCGAGUUUUGCAAGCACACGAUGUUGCUCCUCAAUCCGACGUCGCCGAGUUGAAGAAAUGGGGCACGAAUUUCGCCAAGGUGGGACAGGACACGCCGUACGACCUGCUGCUGGCGGCGAACUACUUGAACGUGAAGGAUCUGUUGGAUUUGAUCUACCAGACGGUGGCUGACCUGAUCAAGGUGAAGACGACAGAGGAGAUAAGAAAUUAUUUCAAUAUCAAGAAUGAUUUCACCUUGGAGGAGGAGGAAAAGAUUCGUAGGGAGAAUCAGUGGGCGUUUGAGUGA